ACUAGUUCUCCUUGUUGACGAAUAACUGAGUCACAGGCUGUCAUUGCUCAAAAGGGAGGCGCGCUCCGGACGAUCAUCGGUGACGUGAACUUCCCUCAAGCCGCUCCGGCUUCGGACGAACGCUUGAAUUUGAGCGCGGUCGUGCAUUCGCUCCGGCUGAACUUCCACUCGCUUUUAGUACACGUAUCCGUCAAGCGGUGCGUCCGUGUCUCCGGUGGUGGCACUGCUGUGGAUAGGAGUGAGCGGAUCCGAGGCACCGGUGUUCGACUCGGCCACCACGAGUUCCAGCGGCGUUCGAAGUUACCACAAUGUCGACGAUAAACUUACUAGCCCAUCAAAAAGAACUCAAAGAAGCCUGGGAAGAGGUUCUCGAUCAGAACAGGCCGACUAACUGGGCACUCUUCGGCUAUGAAGGCCAAACCUAUAACCUCAUGCUCGUGUCGAAAGGCGAUGGGGGUCUCGAAGAGCUACAAGAUGAGUUCCAGAGCGCUGCCAUUAUGUACGCCUUCUGCACAGUAUCGAUUCCGCCAUCCGGCGUCAAGCGCAAUGUUCUGAUCAACUGGCAGGGAGAGGGAGCGCCCGUGGUCCGCAAGGGAUGUUGCGCCAAUCACCUGGCGGAGGUCGAGAGGUUUUUCAAGGGACACCAGUUGACCAUCAACGCGCGAUCAGACGAUGAGGUUGAACCACGGGCAAUCCUCGAACAGCUAGUUAAAUGCUGUGCGGCUGCCUCCAUUCAGAGAGCCAGCGACUCCAUAGUGGACAAUCCCUCGGCGGGCCCCGUUUCGAGCGUCUAUCAGCGAGUUCAGCCGCAGAAAGACGUAACUUCCAUGAGUGAGCGGGAGAAAUUCUGGCAGCAGCAGCAAGAAGAGGAAAAAAGACGAGCGAAGGAGGAAAAGAAGAACAUGGAACAGCGACAAAGAAACCUUAAGGAUGAAGAAUUACGUCGGGAGACGAAUGCCGCGAAAGCCCGGGAGGAGAAGUACCGCCAGGACUCGAUAGAGAAAACUGCGAAUGGCCACAACGGGCGGAAAGCAUCUUCAGGAUCGGUGAAAAAAAUUGACACUUCUAUGUGGGAGAAGCAAAUAGCUGCCGCGGAGAAAGAGGGGAAGCCCGCCAUACCACUGCCGAGCCAGAAGGUCAUGCGGAAGAAAAACAUCGGCGGGGUGAGCGCUGUCUUCGAAAACCAGAAGCCGGCGGAACCGACUGCCAGCACAAACAAAAACAAUGUACCGGGGAAAAUUGUGAUCCCCAAGUUCGAGAAUAAGCCCGUUGAGAAAACGGUCAUCCAAAUGCCACAGAAAACUGAGGAUAAAGAAUACAGCUACACGAAGAACCUGCUCACAGAAAACCGCAGAGAAUCCUUGGACACCGGGAACAACCACGAAGAGGAGCAGGAUUGGGAAGAGGAACCUCUCGAAGAGCCCCCGACCAAGAUACCUGACCCGUUGGUCGAUGCCAUGGUCGAACAAGGUAUUAUUCCAAUGGUUCCGCAGACGCCCGCGACGAACACGAUAUCAGCUAGUUCUCAACCCGAACCAGAACCUGAACCUACUGUGCCCUUAGAUAAAGGUCAAUGCGCGCGAGCCCUCUACGACUAUCGCGCCGCUGACGACACUGAGAUUUCCUUCGAUCCUAACGAUAUAAUAUCGAAUAUCGAUCAAAUCGAUGAGGGUUGGUGGCAGGGUGUCGCGCCCGAUGGCAUGUUCGGACUUUUCCCAGCGAACUACGUUGAGCUCAUUUGAAUGGACGAGCUUUGUACCUCCUAGUUGUGUGGCUUUCAGUGCCAACCAAUCGUUCCUCGAUACAUUCCAGAUGAGACGAUAGUGGACUGAGGACAUUCAGAAUCAGUUCCCCAUCCAGCUUAGAUAAUAAUCUGACGUGUGCUCGAGUCCCUUCAUGCUAUGUGAUCAACGUUUGUGUAAUACAAUAGACAGGAAGCACGGACAAGUAAAGCAGCAAUCCAUCUGGAGCGAAUUCAAGCGCACGUUAGCUCUUAACCCACGGGAAGAGACAGUCAUCAUUUGUUUCACUGAAUGAUGGAGGUACCGACGAUUUUCCCGAUCUGCUCACUGAACUCAGAAAAUGUCCCAUCCAUUGAGAACACAGCUACUGCAUACGCCAGUCUGGAUGUAGGGAAAUUUCAGAUUCCCCCUUCCCCUAGACGAGUAUCUUCCCCAUGACCCGAUCAGUUCUUGGAUAUUUCCGAACUACAAGCUUCGACUCAAUUCAAUCCGAAACUCCAAUUUCCUUAAGUUGUAUAUUCGCGAGUGACUAAU